GCGCCGUGGGGGAGUGAACCCGCAAACUUCCGGGGCGCGGGGGGCCCCCUCCGGCGCUCGGGGCCCGGCGCCUCGGGAGGGCGCUCGCGGCGGCUCCUCGGCCCCCUGCGGAGGGCGAGCCUGGGGCCGGCGAGCAGCCGGGACGGCGGCGACGCGGUAACUUUCCUCCCUCUUCCCGGACUCGGGCGCGCGGGCCAGGAGGCGGCAGCCUGGACUGGGGAAGACUUGGUUUGGCCCAGCGGCACCCCGAGUUUGCCCGUCUUGCAGUCUUUAGUUGGGGAGCCCAGGGAAAGGUUCAGGACGAGUGUGGCGGCAACUGGUGUGUCAGUGGUGCAGUGAGCGGGCCGAGCCGAGAGGAAGCGAGAGCUCCCGAGUUUGCAAAGAGCUGCUUUGUGUUUGAACACCGUUAUGGCCACCCAGGUAAUGGGGCAGUCUUCCGGAGGAGGAGGUCUGUUCACCGGCAGUGGCACCAUGGGCAUGGCCUUGCCUAACGACAUGUAUGACUUGCCUGAUCUGUCCAGAGCUGAACUGGCUGCGCCUCAGCUCAUCAUGUUGGCAAAUGUGGCUUUAACUGGGGAAGUAAACGGCGGCUGCUGUGAUUACCUGGUUGGCGAAGAAAGACAGAUGGCAGAAUUGAUGCCUGUUGGGGAUAACAACUUUUCAGAUAGUGAUGGAGAAGGACUCGAGGAGUCUCCUGAGGUAAAAGGCGAGCCCAGUGGGCUGGAAAACAUGGAACUGGAGAGUUUGGAACUCAGUGUUGUCCAACCACGGCCUGUGUUUGAGGUGUCAGCUGCCUCAGAACCGUACAGCGCAAAUAAAGAUCUUCCUCAGGAAACACCUGUAGCAGAGGACAAAUGCAAGAACUUGAAGACCAAGCCCUUUCGCUGUAAACCAUGCCAGUAUGAAGCAGAAUCUGAAGAACAGUUUGUGCAUCACAUCCGAGUUCAUAGUGCCAAGAAAUUUUUUGUGGAAGAAAGUGCAGAGAAGCAAGCCAAAGCCAGGGAAUGUGGCUCUUCCACUGGGGAAGAGGGAGAUUUCUCCAAGGGCCCCAUUCGCUGUGACCGCUGUGGCUACAAUACCAAUCGCUAUGAUCACUAUACUGCUCACCUGAAACACCACACCCGAGCCGGGGACAAUGAGCGAGUCUACAAGUGCAUCAUUUGCACGUACACCACAGUAAGCGAAUAUCACUGGAGGAAACACUUGAGAAACCAUUUUCCAAGGAAAGUAUACACAUGUGGAAAAUGCAACUAUUUUUCAGACAGAAAAAACAAUUAUGUUCAGCAUGUUCGAACUCAUACAGGAGAACGUCCGUAUAAAUGUGAGCUUUGUCCUUAUUCAAGUUCUCAGAAAACUCAUCUAACCAGACAUAUGCGUACUCAUUCAGGUGAGAAGCCAUUUAAGUGUGACCAGUGCAGUUAUGUGGCCUCUAAUCAACAUGAAGUAACCCGUCACGCAAGACAGGUUCACAAUGGGCCUAAACCUCUUAACUGCCCACACUGUGACUACAAAACAGCAGAUAGAAGUAACUUCAAAAAACACGUGGAGCUACAUAUUAAUCCACGGCAGUUCAACUGCCCUGUAUGCGACUACGCAGCUUCCAAGAAGUGUAAUCUGCAGUAUCAUUUCAAAUCUAAGCAUCCUACUUGUCCUAAUAAGACCAUGGAUGUCUCAAAAGUGAAACUAAAGAAAACCAAAAAGCGAGAGGCUGACUUGCCUGAUAACAAAAUCACCAGUGAGAAAACAGAAACAGAGCAGACAAAAAUGAAGGGGGAUGUGACUGGGAAGAAAAACGAGAGGUCUGUCAAAGUAGAGAAAAAAGAUAAUGUUUCAAAAGAGAAAAAGCCUUGUAGUAAUGCCUCAAGCCAAGUGACUACCAGAACUCGCAAAUCGGCAAUGGAAGCUAAAGAAAUGGAUGUGCACCCAGGAAAUAAUUCAGAAAAAAGCUGUAAAAGCAAGAAAAGCAAAAGGAAGACAGAAGCUGAAGCCCGUUCCUUACAAGAACCUGUUAAUGAUGAGGAACCUGUGACAAAAAAGAAAAAGAAGGCAGAAAGCAAAUCCAGAAGUAGUCAGGAAGUGCCAAAGGGUGACAGCAAAGUAGAGGAGAAUAAAAAGCAAAGUAUUUGCAUGAAAAACAGUGCAAAGAAGAAAACUCUGAGAAGUAAACCAUGUAAAAAAAGCAGCAAGCCUGCUCAGAGGAGGCCCGCUCAGAUAGAGCCUCCUCCUCCCGUGGAGUCCGCUGAGGUGGGACCUGUUCAGGCGGAGCCGCCUCCCGCUGCCCCCCCAUCUCCUCCUCCUCCUCCUCCUCCUCUCCCCCCCGUGGGGCAUGCUGGGGUCGAGGUUGCUCAGACGGAGCUGCUGCCGCCCCCUCCUCCUCCUCCCCCAUCCCCUCCUCCUCCUCCUCCUCUCCCCGCUGUGGGGCACGCUGAGGUCGAGGUUGUUCAGAAGGGGCCUGUUCAUGCGGAGCCUCCUCCCCCCGUGGAGCCGAUGCCCAAAAGGUCUCCUCAGAAAGAUAAUGGGAAGGAAGAGCCCAACAUGCAGAGUGAAAUGGCGCAGAAGGAGCAAGUCCUUAUUGAAGUUGGCUUAGUGCCUGUUAAAGACAGGCAGCUUCUAAAGGAAAGUGCCGGUGCACAGGAUCUCUUACCACCAUCACCACCUCUGCCAAAGGAAAACCUAAAAGAGGAAGAGUCAGAAGACCAAAAAUUAGUCCCUGCAGGCGAAGGACAUAAAGAAGCUCCCCUUCAAAAAGUGGAAGCAGAAGAGGCAGAUCAGAGUCUAGCUGGUCUUGCUGCUGUUACCAAGGCAUCUGCCAAUAUUUCAUCCUCUGAACAAAACUUGAGUAUGCCAGAGGGUGAAACUUUAGAUGGUAAACAUCAGGCUGACACUAUGCUUUGUGAAAUGAAGAGGGACACUGAUGAGAAGAAAACAGAGAAUCCCCCCGGCAGAGACUCGGCAGUUGAAGAGUCAACUUCACCACCACUUCUUCCUCUACCGCUAGAAAAAUGUGAAGCAGUGUCCACAGCUACUGUGGCAUCACCUCCCGUCACCGUGGCAGUAAAUGAGUCUCAGGAAAUGGAUGAAGAUGAAGGCAUCCACAGUCAUGAUGGAAGUGACCUAAGUGACAACAUGUCAGAGGAUAGUGAUGAUUCUGGAUUGAAUGGGGCUCGGCCAGUUCCACAAGAGACUAGUAGAAAAAAUGGAAAGGAAGCCUUGGCAGUCAAAGUGGCCGAGGGAGAUUUUGUUUGUAUCUUCUGUGAUCGUUCUUUUAGAAAGGAAAAAGAUUACAGCAAACACCUCAAUCGCCAUUUGGUUAAUGUAUACUUCCUUGAAGAGGCAGCUCAAGGGCAGGAGUAAUUAAACUUUGGGCAAGGCUUCAGUUCUUAGUUUGUAAGGUCUCUGACAUUUUGUAUUCAUUUGUAGUAGUAGACAAACUUUUGUUUUUAAAAUUGCUUUAAUUAGUAUCCAAUCUUGAUUUUUAAGUGGCAUUCUUUUCCUUAGGAAUCCGUGUACCUAUUGAUGUACACAUUUUAGCAAAUCCAAGGGAGUUAGUGUAAUAAACCAGCAGACAUCUAAAUCUAUUAGCUUUUGCUUUUAAUUGAACCCAGAAUGCCAAGAUGGUAUUAGAGCAUUCUAUCGAUUUGUUCAGCUAUAACUUGUGAGUUUUUUCCUCAUGUCUAUCUUCCUGUUUCACUUUAGUUUAUUCUUAGUUCCUUGUUUAGCUCUGUAAAAAUUAGCAUACUUAAAUAGCAAAUUACUUGAAGAAUUUGCCUGCUUUAUAUAAAGUUAGCACUUUAAAAUUGUUUUAGAGAUGAGAAGAGACAUUUAAAUUGAAGAGAAAUUCUCCCAACAAUGGACGUUAUAUCAGUCCAAGUAUUUACUUCCUGAGUUUUGAUCAGUAUAUGUGUUUUGUGUAUGUCAAUCGUCAUAAAAAGUGAUUUUGGUGGGUUGUUUUUUUUUUCGGUGCUUUAAUGCCUUAAGAUGUUGCACAUUGUUGUUUUUAACCUAUGCAGUUAAAUUUUUUCUAGAAAUAGCAUUUGUGUUGUAACACUUUAUAUCUAUAUAUGCAUGUUUAUUUUGACCUCUUUGGAGGGAUGCUUAAGUCUUGUUUGCAAAAGAGCAGUUUUCUUUUCCCCUGCUGCAAUUGUCUUUUUUGCAGAAUAUUAGUCUGUUCAAAUUUGUGAGCAAAUGAAAGAUGCAGGUUCAGUCCAUUGAUUUUGAUUUUAACAUCUUAUAUCUAUGCCAGAAUCUGUAUUUCAUAUAAGUUAUUUAUUUUAAAUUGAUGUGGUGAAUCACAGCUCUCAGUUUGAACUUUACAAUAAAUAAACCACUAGGCUCUAUACUGAAUGGAUUUUUAUCUCAAGUACCAACCGUAAGUAAACUUUUGGUCUGUUUUAGUAGAUUUACUUCCUAAAUGUACGGUGUUAAAUCGUAUCUUAGAGGAAAACCUCUUCUCAUAGAUGGUUGGUGUUUAUAUGGCUACUCCGCUGAAUAAAGAACUGUAAUUUUUAUUUGGAAGCUGCCAAUCUGGAAUUAGGAGGCAUAAUUACUCCUUCAAGUUAUACAGGAUAUCAGUUUGUGAGAUUCCAAAGCCAUAGCGAUUAUACAGAAAACCUAGGAUGAGAAAGGUAGUAUGAGUGCUGGUAGACCAGCUGCUACUUCCUGUGAAUUCAAUGAAAAAGGCCUGGUGAAAGUUAAGUUCAGUCCAGAUUAAAAAAUCAUACUUUCUCAGGGAUGUCCUGGCUUUCCCGGGACAGCCUUUUUCUACAGGUGAGGCCUCAAAUGAAUAGAAGCUAUUCUGGUGUUCCUACAGGACCGCUUUGUAUGGAAAAGGGUAUGUACCCCAUAUUUGUUAGUAGGUUCUUUGGCCAGUCACCAAAGAAUAUGAAAGACUCUAACAUAGGUUUUUUUCCUUGCUGAUAAGUUAUUCAUUACAGUAAAAUAAAAUAUGAUCCCAGUAGGGAACUUUGAUUCUGAUCCUCGCAUGUUCUAUUCUGAAGUAACCACUUUAUAUUUCAUUUAUUUUCUUUUGUCUGGUGAUCUCUGAGGCAGGUUUCAGAGUUUGGCAAUGCAACAUGUGAAAGAUUAGGAAAAGUAUUAAAGUGUGGGUAGAAAACUUAUUAACCUGAGAGUGAAAUUUAAGGUAAAAGACAUUUGAACCUUGGAAUUGGCUGGGAGGCCAAAGAUUUAAAGAAGCAGAAGAUUUUCUCAAGACAUGAGUAAGUUGUUUGUUACUGGUGUGUGUUUUGUGUGCAUGAUGAGGAUUUGUAAAUGAUGUUGAAUUCUAGGUGAAUUCUCAGCUCUGACAAUCAUUGUCAAACAGAUCAAUCUGCAAAUAUUUAUGUUUUAAAACUUAAAUUAUAAAGCUAGUUAAACCUUUCUAACAACUAGAUUUAAUAUUCAUGUAUACAUUUUAUGUUAAAAAGUUACCUUUUACAGUACAUAUGAAAAUAUUCGUGUUAAGUUCAAAUUGGAGAUUGGGAAUCAGUUUGGGCAAGAGGUUUUGUGGAUUCUUUGACACUUCAAAAGAAAAAAAUAUGACUUCUGGGGAAUUGGACUAAUUUUCUUAUUUAGAUUUAAAACUAGAAUUCCAAAAACAAAAAUGUGAAUGAAAUUAAAACCUCUUAUUAUUAAAGUGAUCUGUGAAAACAUUGUUACUGGAAAUUGAAUGAACUUGAGGCCUUUCCUCCAGAAAACAAGGACUUGAUUGUCAGGCCUAUAUUAGGUUCUGAACCUUAAUGCCAUGUAUUUGUUCUUAUUAAAAAUUGUUUCAUUGAAAAGUAUAUUAGUAAUAUGAACUUCUGGUCUAGUUGGGAGUUCUUCCAUUUGAAAAAUGUGCUAUUUGCAUGAGACUGAAUCUUUUUGUUUUCUCAGUUUCCCCUCCACUGGAUAGGAUUGAAGCUAGACUUUUCCCUUUUUAUAACAGAAUAAAAAGUGAACAUCUUGUUUAUAAAUUGAUGUUUAGUAUUAGAGUGAAAGUUGAAAUACUUAGAAUACAUUAUAAGCCUAAUCCUAGGUAGCCUUGUAAAAAUAGAUCUCUUUUAACUAUCUUCUGCACCUAUAUUCACAUUGCUUUUCAAGAUAUUUUAAGUUAUAUUUUUUUCCUCUUUUCAGAGCUGCUUCUUUGGGGCUCUUUUUUUUUCGAUUGAGGUGUAAUUCACAAAGGGCUACAUUUUUUUGAUAAGACUUCUUAUAACUAUUGCUAGAUGUUUUGCUCUAGUCUUCCAGGAAGGGCCAUUUUAUUUUUUAGAGUCACUUCUAAAGUCGUGUGGUCCUUAACUUUGGGGACUCUUGCAUCUGAGUGCUAAUUCAGAUUUAAGCCUAAGUAACCUCAUUGCCUCUCACCCCAUGAAUGUUGACAAUGGAUGAAAUACUUUGCUGUAGUUCUGGACUAAAUUGCUGGGGAAGAAACUUAAUUUUCUUUUUUGCACAAAUCAGGAAAACAGCUACUGUGCAGAGUUUCCUUUUGACCUCAGCAGAUGAACUGGACUGAUAGUGUUAAUUCAGAUUUAAGAAAUUAUCUGAAUCUUGGUUUGAGUUGAUUCGGGAUCUACAUGCAAUAUUAACUAGAUGGGAUACCUUUUAUAUUUUCACAUGUAUACAUAGGCUCUCCUCACCCUCAUCAACAUCCAUUAGUUAUUGAACUUUGUGAACUGGCAUUGAAACAUUACAACAAUGUUUUGUUGCACCAGUUUUGUAAAGUUUUACAGUGCAAUACCUGUUACUUUUCAGAGACAAACCAAAGGUUAAUUUCUCAAGGAUCUUGCUGUUUGCUUUAGCAGCAUUUGAUGGAGUAUCUUUUUUAUAUAUAUAUACAUUUGUAAUAGAUGAAAAAUAAACCAGAUUGCAAAUCCUUGUUUUUUUUUUUGGAAGCAAACCAUGUACCAGGUUUUUGGUCCAAAUUGUGUAGGAUAAGUUAAAUUGCAUUCUAUUAACCCAUAUGAGUGUAUUUCUGUAUGCAUAGUUAAUGUUGAAAUAAAGUUUUAAAAAGCA